UGCAGGCUGCCAGAAAUCCUCUCCUCCAUGCCCUCAGCCAUGCCUGCUACCACCAAACCCACCAGGAGGCAGACACUUUCUCAAAGAAAAACUGACCAGAAAGUGAUUAGUACCAGGAGAAAAACCUGUAAUUCAAACAAACCCCAAAGGAGAGCAAAAGAGAAGCCCCAGAAAACACCUGCAGAACCAAAAAGGUCAACAACCAGAGCACAGGCACAAACAGGCCAAAGCCCACGGGGAAGAGGCGUUAGUGGGCCCUCUAGUCGGGGCCGAGGAAGGGCCCCUGGUUCUGAUAACCAUGCCCUGAGUAAAACAAGGCUGGGAUGCCAGAGGAAUGUAGUUGACCAUUGUGACAAGUUACUAGAAUCCCCAGGGCGAAGGACUUCCCCACGAGAUACUUCCUUUCAACCUCCUAAACCUUGCAGAGGAGGGAAAAACAGCAGGAGAGGUGCAGGAAGAAGAACAGCAUCACAGCAAUGGAACAUAAGAAACCAGCCCUCGAGCAUCGAUGAUUUAUCUCCCAACAAGAGUGACACAGGAGACACAAAACCGGAUGAAACCUGCAAUGUGGAAGAAAUCUCCCCAGUAUCUCUAAAAACAAAGCAGGAGCCUCCUGUUUGUAGCCGGGAUCAAAAUCUAGGGGGCAAUAUUGCCACAGAGGGCAGUCCUCUUAAAGCCGACUCACCACCAUGUAAAGACACACUGGAAGACUGUGUGCCGUGCAGCUGUGGCAGUACUGUCACCCAAGAAGACAAAGAAACUGUCAGCCUGAACAAUGAAGGUGACCCAAACCGUGGAGCUGGAGGGGCUGGAGCGACUGUGUGUGAUGAUGUUGACAGGCAGAUGAAACUCUGCAGUGACAACAGUGAAGAAGGACUCCGUGAACCCCCUACGCUAACAAGCACCGUCUCUCCAGGGGCUCGGGAAAGCGGUGACAUAAAUGACACCUCAUCUGUCAGUGGUGGAGAGCAUGAUCAUCUCGACAACGAUGGCAAGCAAGAUGUUGAGUUCACUGUCCAGGAGCAACAUAUGAUUUUGGAAUCAAAUGAGAAUAGUACAAAUGAUGGGGGGGUUGAGAGAAAGGAGGAGAGGAACCAGGAAAAGGGAGAAGGAACAGAGGCUCAUGAAACAGUUGAGAGGCAGACUGAAGCUUCGCAGGCUACUGAGGAAGUUGCUGAGACCCACGAUGAAAGUGAGGAAAAAGAGCAAGGAAUCGAAGACAGGGCGAAUAGUAUAUCCAUCGAACCUCGUGACCUCCACUUUGACACUGCAGCCUCUCGGACUGCAAGUCCUGCUCGUUGUAACGAUGGACUGAUACCCGUAGGUGUUCUACAAGUCUGCAACACAGCUACCUCAAUUUUCACCAAAGCCUCCUUCACCUCAGAUUCAGCUGGAGUAAAAGUACUGAAUGAGAAUAGGACUCGCGCGCAAUCUACCAUUCACGAUGCAAAACCUGAUAUUGCAGAAUCCUCAGCUGUCCCCAAACCGGACCUGAUGACACAGAUGCAGCCUGUCCUGGUGAAAAGAAACAUGCCAGUUAUCAUCCAUAGCGAUUCUCUUAAAUACAAAAAUUCAAAGGAUUCACAACACGGGGAACCAAACCACCUACACCUGCACCUCCCUCCUUCUCAGGAAGAAAGUCAAAAGAACACACCAGCAGUGACUCAGACCAAAGAUAGUGCUGCUUUUGAGUGCAACCAUAAAGAGGUAUCGCCGCUGUCAUUGUCACUUGUUCCUCAUUCCAGCACAGAUCCUAAGUGCGAAGCAAAGUGCAGCGACGGCAGCGCUGCAGUAGCAGCCACAGAGCGGGAGACGGUGCCGAGGAUACUAACUCCCUCCCUGGACAGUAGUUCCACCUUGUCCUGCAGCUCAGAGAGCACCUGCUCCUCGUAUUCUUUUGAAACAGAAUCCGAUGCUGGUAAUGGGGAGCCCAGCCUCUUAGCACAGUCCAGGUCUUGGGGGGCGGAUGAGCCCUGCUUCCCCUCAGGGAACAUUUUUAAAUUGCAUAAGAAAGAGAGGAAGAAGCGAAGCAGGUGUGGGAUGUGUGAGCCAUGCUUGAGGAAAGUCAACUGCAGCCAGUGCAGCUGCUGCCUCAACCGCAGGACUGGCCACCAGAUCUGUAAACUGAGGAAAUGCCUGGAACUGAGGAGGAGAAAACAGGCUUCUCCACUCACUCUCUCUGCAGCACAGGUGGUUUCAGAAAGUGGGAGUUUAAAUGGCAAAGGCAGAGAACAGAUGGAUGACACCCACAUGGCAGCAGAGGAGGAUGAGGGGGAGGAAGGCCACAUACCUCAUACACAAUCUUCUCCAAACAUGCACUCACUCACCCACAACCUGGCCCCGGAACAACACGGACGGCCAGCACUUAUUAAAAAAGAACCAGAGCUGGAUCUUACCAACUUUGCACUUAACCAUAAUGUGUGCUCCUUGGUGUCUUUACGCAAUGGUUAUGCAGAGAAUCUGUCAAAACCUAACGGUGCUAACAUUACCACUGGCUCACACUGUCAUCCAAAUCCUACAUCUGAAAAAACAGUAACAGCAUCAGGGCCUCAGAGGACUUUAAUUACUGCAUCUCCUAAAGAGUGCUCUGAGAAAAGACCCCUGACUCCUCCAGAGAAACCAUUGCUCCCACUGAAGAAGAUCAAACUGAAAGACCCAUGGGUGUGGAUCCCUGACCAGAAUCCCACAAUGCCGAGUGACGGAGAUGAGGUCUGUGAAGACCCGCUGUCGACGCUGGCAGCUGUGGUGUGCCUUUCAGUCACAGAGAGGAAGGGUCUGGAGGAGAAGCUUCUCUGUUCACGUUCUUCCAUUCUUCGCUGUAUUAAAACAGAGCCACCGGACUUGCACUUCAUUAAAAAAGAGCCAAAGGACUUCCAGGACGACCUGUGUCAAAAAAGCACUACUGUUAUUACGCCCUUACCAGUAAAGAGUGAAUCUCCUAGAGACUUACUGCCAAGUGUGCAGUCCUUAGCGGAAAAAAGAAAUCUCAGUUUUGAUCAGGCCAUUGCGAUCGAGGCCUUGACUCAGCUGGCAAUUCCUGAAAACUCCUCGGUAAAGUCCAUUAAAGUCGAAAGGAAAUGUGAUUAUCCCAUUUCUACUGUUUCCCCAUUCUUACACAACAACAAAAGUUCAGCAAUACAAGAUGUCAAGCCAAUUUCAAAUGUUCACUGCAACAAAGUCUCGGUCAUAAGCUCAGCACUACACCAAACGUCUGUCAUCCGCCCUCCAGUGGCCAGACAAGGGAUUGUCAUCCAGUGCUCUCGGGGAAUGAACCCCAACACAAAACAGUCUCUACAUGAUCUCUUAGAGGCCAGUGAUAAAACAUCUUGCUGGGGCAAAGGUUCUAUUACCAUCAAAACUGAACCUGGCUAUAAAAACCACAAUGAUGUGAAGUUUGAAAAAGAUUUUGAGGAAAGUGACGGAGCUGGUAAAGUAAGAAGAAACAGAGAUGAGGAGGAGGUGGCAGCUCAGCUGGCAGACCUUGCUUUCAUCAUCCAGUCCCGAAACAGCCAGCAGUCAGAGAACAACCCUCCGAAAGGCACACCUGUGCCGGCCAUCAAAUACAACUACAGCUUCCAGCAACAGGCCAGUCAGAAAAAGAGCCUCACGAAAACCAAAACAAAAGCCACACCCACCAAACCUAGAAAGAAGAAAGGUGAUGUACAACAAGGACGGACCCCAAACUCAAAACACAUCCCGAAUGGGGAGAUUCCACACAGGAGGAGAGGUCAGAAGAAUCUUCCUACAGCCAGGUCAGGCCUCCCCCAAAGGAGGAACCUGUUUCUACCUCAGGCUCAAAUUGACCUGAAGAGAUAUUCGGCUGAGGCUCAGGAGAAAAAAAGGCAAAUUAACCAUCACAGUAACCUGCACAGUAUAGAAAUAGGAGCUCAGAUCCAGAACCACAGCACGCUGACCAGAUUCACCCUCACACCGUGGUCCCUCUCCAAUGGUUCGCUUCACCAGCACAGUCCAUGCAAAAAUCUUACUGUGGCAACAGAGCACAAGAGCGACAGGCUUUUAUUAUCUCAGGUAGCGCAGCCCGGUGGUGGGCUGCAGCACGAUGCUGAUUCUACCAGCAGCCCGGUUAGUACCACUAAUGGACCCAGUGGUCUGGUUAAUGGCUUCUCAAGGACUGCAGAGUCUCCUCCUCCAUGCCAGCAGAACUAUUACAAAGUGGAGAGGUCGGGACCUGUCACUGUCCUGUCAACGGCCACCGAUGGGGGUCUGAUGCACUCUGCAGAGUCAACGCCCUCCAAAAACAGCGUUAACAGCUUCCUGGAAUCUCCAGGGAGUUUUCUGGAUACUCCCACCAAGAACCUGCUCAAUACACCUUCAACAAAACUGUCUGAUCUUCCAUCUUGUCAAUGUGUGGACCAGAUCAUUGAAAAGGAGGAAGGUCCUUACUACACUCACCUGGGGGCAGGACCCAGUGUUGCUGCAGUGCGGGAGCUGAUGGAGAACAGAUAUGGUGCCAAAGGAAAUGCAGUGAGGGUUGAGGUUGUUAUUUAUACUGGAAAAGAAGGAAGAAGCUCCCAGGGCUGCCCCAUAGCUAAAUGGGUGGUCCGACGUGGAAGUGAAGAGGAGAAACUGCUGUGCUUGGUCCGACAGAGGCCCGGGCACUACUGUGAUGCUGCUGUGCUGGUCAUCCUCAUCCUGGCGUGGGAGGGCGUUCCUCGGUCUGUGGCGGACAACCUUUACCGGGAGCUCACUGAUACGCUUUUUAAAUACGGCUCCCCCACCAGCCGCCGCUGUGCCCUCAAUGAAGAUCGAACAUGUGCAUGCCAGGGUCUGGACCCAGAGACUUGUGGGGCUUCUUUUUCCUUCGGAUGCUCUUGGAGCAUGUAUUUCAACGGCUGUAAGUUUGCCCGCAGCAAAGUUCCCCGCAAGUUUCGACUGCUUGGUGACUACCCCGAAGAGGAGGAGAGAGUUGAGAAAAACCUACAGGGUUUGGCCACGGGCCUCGCUCCUCUGUACAAACAGCUGGCUCCACAGGCCUAUCAGAACCAGGUCGAAUACGAGGGGAACGGAGGGGAGUGUCGGCUGGGCAGUAGGCAGGGGCGCCCGUUUUCUGGGGUUACCGCCUGUGUGGAUUUCUGUGCUCACGCUCACAAGGACACGCACAACAUGAAUAACGGCAGCACUGUGGUCUGCACUUUAACCAAGGAAGAUAACCGUGCUGUGCGUAACAUACCAGAGGAUGAGCAGCUCCACGUUCUGCCGCUUUACAAGAUGUCAGACAGGGAUGAGUUUGGUCAGGUGGAGGGCCAGUGGGCCAAGAUCAGGAGCGGUGCACUGCAGGUCCUGUCAUCCUUUCCUCGAGAAGUGCGUAUGCUUGCUGAACCAGUGAAAUCAGCCCGUAAAAUAAGGCAGGAAGCUCGGAUGAAGUCUCAGACAGAGAAACUCAACAAGAAACUGGGGCUCUCUCCUCUCACUCCAGGGAAAGUGAAAAGUGAACCCAUCAACAAAGAACCACAGGGCUACUACAACUCUUACAGACCUGCCAGUGUCGGAAGCUGUCCUUCAGAGAGAAACCAGUUCAGCACUUAUGGCCAGACCACCAGCAACUACCCCACUCCAGGUGCAGGGGUCAUCUCUCCCAACAACACCAGUCCUCAGGACCUCCCGUUAGGACAGAAUGGCUCAGUUCUGAGCUACAAGACACCGAGUGACAGCGUAAAUGGUUACUGUCCAACAUCUGGCCGCCAGAGUGUUCAGUCAGAACAUUUACCUCCACAUCACACGCUUCAUGAUUAUCCCCCUACUUGUAAAACUGAGCCCAACGCAGUGCACUGUUCUCCUCUGCACAGACCCUCCCCCAGUGGGAGUGCUCCUCCUUCCUCCUUCGCCAUCGCCCAAAAACCCACCUCUGACGGCCUGCUCAGCAGGCUCAACGGACUCCACAGGGCUCCAGGAGAUGUCACAGCAGAGGUCCAGGGCCACAGUCUCCCAUCUCCUUCACAUCUCCCACACCAGACUUCUCCACUAGAGCCAGAGGAAAUCAAACAGGAGGAGGUGUGGUCUGACAGCGAGCACAACUUUCUGGACCCUAAUAUCGGCGGGGUCGCUGUGGCGCCGUCACACGGCUCCAUCCUCAUAGAGUGUGCCCGACGGGAGCUCCAUGCCACCACACCAAUCCUCAAGCCGAACCGCAGCCACCCCACCCGCAUUUCCCUGGUCUUCUACCAGCACAAGUCUCUGAAUGAACCAGGCCACGGCAUGGCCAUGUGGGAUGCCAAGAUGGCCAAGAGGGAACAGGACCGGGAGGAGGAGGCUGAGAGAUUGAGGAUGGAGGAAUUUUUGGCCAAGAACGGCAACGGCUCAGGAGGUGUGAAGACGAAGGAGGAGGCAGAGGAGGAGGGGUCAGAGGAGACCAGAAGGACCGUAAUCGUCCCCACACGGCACGCAUGCACUCUCCCGAGGGACGGUGUCAUCACUGUGUCUCCAUAUGCUCUUACUCAAGUGACAGGGCCCUACAAUCGCUGGAGAUAGUCAACACACACACACACAUACACACAUACACACACACAGAAAACUCUUACACUCUGUGCUUCUGCCUUACCUCAACAAACUUUAAACUGCUACACUUAGUUUUAAUGUCAUUGUUUUUUAAACUUGUCUCUCUUCUUCUUUUGCCUUCGAAGCAAUGGAGAAGACCAAAGCUUGUUGGCUUUUUUAACUGUGAGUUUGGGUGUCGGUUUUAUAUGAUAAAGAUAUGGUGCUUUGAAGCAUUUUAAAGGUGUUUUUAAACUGGUUUUAUACAGUAUACAUGACUAAGAACAAAAAAAAAAAGAUGUGAUUAUUUAUUGUGAUCAUAAUGAUUCUUAUUUAAUUCCUGGUGAAGCCUGUUUACUGCAAGAUUUCUAUAGUAAACUUCAUUGUGUGAUGGCGCUCAGAAUUCAUGACACCAGCCAGUAGAUCAUAUUUUUGGUAGAGUGAGCGUCUUUGGCUUGUUUGUUGGUGCCAUUCUCUCUGUAACCACAACUCGAAACAUCACAAAAUCCUUUAAAACCGAGCUAAUGUUGAACAUACACAGAAUCAUUUGCAGAUCCUCACAUGUAGCAUUAUGUUUUUCUCCUGCUGCUGCCGACUUCUGCCGGCAGUGGAUGAGAGAAAACACUGUGUCUUUGUUUUUGUUGUUUAAUUUUAAUUUUCUCAAUGUUUGUCCUUUAUUCACCCAUGUGUAUGGCAUAUAAUGAAGCACUUUUUUUAUUUCCCUAAACUUAACUUGAAAAGAGGUUCUAAUUCAGAGGCCUGAAUAUGUACAAAAAGAGAUAAAUAUAUCUGUGGCAGUUACGCAUGAACCCUUUAAUAUUAUUUGAUUUUCAUUUAUUUGUAAAAAACAAACAAACAAACAUUUAAAUGGAAAGAAACUCAACGCAUAUUGCCGACAACAAAGUGCUUAUCAUUUUUCAGCACUUAACUCACCAUCUGAAAAGUGACCUUCUUUCAGGGGGCACGUGUGCGAUCAUUAGAUUUCAGAAACUCCAAACACAUCUUGAAGGUGCUAAGGAAACAUGUAUUUCACCUUUAGUGAACACCAGACAUCGGACUUGUUAACUAACGGAUACCAGUGUCUCAUAUCUGUCUAUACAUUUGAAUGUAGAACUCUGUUAGUUUUUUUUUUUUUUGCCUCUGCUUUUUAUGGAAAACCACUCAAGAAUCCGAAUCCCACUUCUACUAAGAUGAUUUUCAGGUGCUUUGUUUACACUUAGCUUUUCACAGGGUCUGAAUUCAGGGGGUUGGCGUGAACUCUGCCUGAAGCAGGUUAUAUGUAAGUCCAUAAAAUAGACUAUUGUCCUGCAUGAAAUGAGACCUGUAGGAUAUUUACACUUCUCUUGGUGCUAACAGGACCAGUCGUUAAUGCCGCUGGUUUUAUUGAGAACAUCGGUGACGUGGUGCUGAACUCAUACACACUGAUCAUGUUUAGUAAUACGACCGGUAGACUGUUAUUAUGCCAUUUAAAAACAAUGUUUUACCAGUGUCUGUAAAGGAAUAAUGGGCAAGUGUCAUGGGUCUAAAGUAACGAUACAGAAGGAAAUAUUGGAAAGUCACAUUAGGUUUACCAGUUUAUUUCAUUUUCUUUAAUUUACUUUUCUGGGACGUUUAUAGUCUUUAUAUCAGCAGUGAACUAACAACUAGCACCAGCAUCUUUAAUGAGUAGAAAACGUGUAAAUACUUAGGUGAAACAUAUGGUUUUUACUGUACUGUUUAUGCUGUGUUGACGACGGAUGAUCUUGCCUAUUUUCAAACAGAAAUACUGUACGUUACUGAAAGUCUGUACACCUUAGACUUGAGAAGAGACUACAUUUAGCAUUCCUUGUGUGGAUGGCUGAUCUCUUUCUGGAUUGUGAAAUAAAAUCAUAUUUAUAUUUUGGACCUGAA